AUGAAAUCCUCCGAGCGUUCGAAGGACCUGUCGAACUACCACCAGGAGAAAUCGCUGAGUCCGCUGUGCAUGCCCGAUUUGCCGCUGCCCACGCCGCCGCCGAUGGCCAAUAUUAUGAUGACGUCGCGGUUCGACCUGCAGACGAGGGGCGGCUGCGGCUACAGGCGCAUCCUGAGCUCGAGGAGCGCCGAGUUCCGGUCGCCGCUGCUGGGCCGGGCGAAUUUCGCGCAAUGCUUCGAAGGCAAGGGCUUCGCGGAGGCGUCGCCGCCGCCGCUGCCGCGCCACCGGAACCUCGAGGACCUGUCGGCGAAUCUCGACGGCUUCGCCGACGGCAAGGCGGAGUUGGCGGGCUCGAGGAGCAAGUACCUGUCGAGGGAUUCGGUGCUGUCCGAGGAGCUGGAGGAGGUGCAGAUGAUAUCCAGGGAGAUUUCGUGCAAGUUCAACCGGGAAUUGUCGCCCGAGUACCAGAGCGUGUUUUAUAACGACCAUUAUAUAUCCGAUAUCGACGAGAACGAGGAGAUCAAGGAGUUCCUUUGCGGAUAUAAAACGCCCGAACGACGUUUAUCGGAUCAUUCCGAUCGGACUUAUUGCGAUAAAAGUUACACGAAUACGAGCACACUGCCCGCCUCUUUUUCGUAUAAAACCAACAAAAAAUACGGACACGUGAAUAGUGCGAUAAGUUCCAAUUAUUACAUACCUAGUCCUGUACCAAUAAGAAGUACUGCGGUAUUCGAUGAUUCACACGCAACUGUGUUCAAAAAUCCCCAGAAAACCAUCGUAAAAAUCGCCAAAAUCAGAGUGAAAUAA